GUAUCGAUCUCACUGGUCUCUCUCGUCUCAUUCGGCGCGACUUGACUCCGAACACGAUUGCAAAAAUGGGCCAAAAGCCGAAGCAAUUCACAAGGCCGCCGCCGAAAAAAAAGCCUGCCAAGGCUGCUGCUCUGGUUUCGGCAGAUGAUUAUCAAGAAGCAGCAGACUUCGAAGAGGCUGCAGGAGGCAAGCAUCGUGCUGGCGACCCCGUAAAGUCUGCAAGAGCGUUCGUCCGAGCCCUUGAACUCUACGAUACCGGGGUUGGAAAGCAUCCAAAGGACUUUGAUCUAGCGUACAACAAGGCGCGAUUGGAGCUUGAAAUUUCGCAACAGCCUGCUAUUCUGGAGCACAUUGGUGUCGAGCUACCUGCUUGGCUCGAGAGGACUCUGUUGUCUCACCAACAUGCUCUGCAGUUGAAUGAGGAGAACCCAGAUGCUCUGUUCAACAUUGCACAAGUUGAGACCUCUCUUGCGGAGCAGUUGACUGAGGAUGAUCGUGAGGAUGAGGCAGUGCCAUUUCUGGAACAGGCGAUCACGCAUCUGUCAUCAUGUUUGUCGAGACAGGAGAUGAUGUACGAGCAGCACAAGCUGGACUUCCCAGAUACCGAGGAUGGCGGUGUUGCGCUUGAGCAGCCAGAGCCAGAAGUGGCACCAGCAGCAGCGUCUGCAUCAACUGGCGAUGUUGAUAUGAAAGAACAGCAGUCGGCGAUUGUCGAGACUCCCGUAUCGCCAAGUGACCUACUGGAUACCGUUUAUGCUUCUCUCUCAGCUCUUACCACUCUCGCUCCUCUUUUAGAUGAGAAGGGGUUGCAGAAUCUUGGAGAUAUGGCUCGACAGUUGAGCGAAACCAAAGCUCCGAGCUACAUCGCUCUCCUGCCAGCCGAGGAACAGGAUAAGGCCCGUAUCGCCACUGCUGUCAAUCGCGCAUCUUUCAUCGCGUCAUAUGCUAGCGCUCAAUUCGAGCACCAUAUGAUUGAGUUGCAACAAUACGUGGAACGACUUGAUGCCUUUGAAAUCCCAGGCAAAGACACAGAUGCCGACGCUCUCGUUGCCGAAGCAGAAGCGCGAACAGAGUUGGUUAUGUCGACCAUCGACCGAUUCGGCGAGUCUCCAGAUCUCCCUGCCUCUGUGUGCUGGAAAGAGCUCACGACUUCGCAAGACCUCUACAGCAAAGCCACGAAGCUCAGUACUGAGAGUGCCAAAGAGAGCAAAGCCGAAGUUUACAAGUCCAAGGGCGACUUGGAGAUCUUGCGGCAUCGGCUGAUUCACAUUCCGAAGACUGAUCUCAGCGAGAAUACACGAAAUAGUGCUCAGACUCUGAUCAAGAAUGCACAGACAUAUUACAAGGGGGCAAUGAAUCUGGCGAAGGCUGAUGGAGAUGAGGAGGUAGAAGAGGAGGCUCAGCAGAGGUUGGGAAUUGCGACAGAAAUCGCUGCGCUCAUGUACGGCGGUGAGGCAUCGGCUGCUGUCGAUGAUUUGAUGGAGGCAUUGGAAGGCUGCGUGGAGGAAGGUCUGAUCAGUCAACAACUGGCCGAGGCUAUUUUCGAGCGGCAGUCGGCGUCAAAGAGCUGAAGGCAUACGAGAGGAGGACCACAUACUGCCAAUGAGGCUGUACAGAAUGUACAGUUGUAUUAACGGUCUAAGACUGGACCUGCGACGAGAAACCGGCAUACUUUGGCUGAUUACUCGAGAUCAGUCUACGUUUUGUAGGGGCUGCGGAACAGCGAGAGUGACCUUUGGAGGCUCUCCGGUUGACUACAAGCACGUGUCGUCGCCCUGAUUAAUCGGGUGUCCUGGAGCAUAUCCUCUUGUACGUCCUUGGAGUUUGGGAUAUCUGCCGC